UGUACCGGGAUCUCUUCAGCAACGCAGCCGCGUCGUGAUGACUGUCCGCGGGCAGAGCUGCAGCCCGGUGACGCUUGACAUCCCCUCGGUGUGAAUCUGGAGUCUUGGCACACACUCACUCACACACACUCACUCACACUCAGAGGCUGCGCGCACUCUGCUCCGACACAUUCCUCCGAGGUUUCUCCUUUCUUCCAUCUGGGGAUUUGAAACUUGAGGGACUUUAAAGCGUCGCAGGGGGGAGAACAAAAAGGUCUCUCGGCCUGACGGACUGACUGGAGGACGGAUCGUGUCGGUGCGGUGCAUGUAGAGGGGCAGGCUGGGUGUCUGUCUGCGGGGCGCACAGCGGUGCUGCUGGACCAGCCGAGAACGCACCAAGUCCCGUCCCACAUCCCCGUCUUACCCCCGUUGUCCCGUGCACUUCAGCCAUGAUUCUCCCCGGGUUUGUGAUCUUUCUCUUCUUCUCAGGUGUGUCGCCCUCCUCCUCGCCCAUCUUCCCCUACCCACUGCCCCCCACUGACUGUGUGGAAGCCCACCGGGUGUGCUCUGUGGACCCCCGGUGCGAGGCGUUGUACCGGGGUUUGGAGCUGUGUGCGUCCGACGCUGCCAUGUCUCCCCUGAGCGAGCAGGUGGCUGCAGAAUGUCUGGAGAGACAGGACGCCCUUCUUGGCCGAUAUCCCGCCCUGCUGGCCUGCAAGUGUCACCGCGGCCUCCGCAAAGAGGAGCACUGUCUGCGCAUAUACUGGAGGGUUCGUCUGCUGCCAGGAGAGGAUGAACUGGAAAUGUCUCCCUAUGAUGACACACUAAUGGAUACUCGCAUGGCCUCCUUAGUGGCAGCCUCAUCUUACAUGCAGCUGGAUGGUGAGAAUCAGUGCCUGAAGGCAGCACAGGACUGUGGCCUUUAUGAGAAGUGUGGUUCCCUGAGAUCAGAGUAUGUACUGGCUUGUACCAAAAAGGUGCCAGGGACUAACCGAUGCAACCAGCACAAGUGCCACCGGGCCUUACGACGCUUUCUGGAGCGGGUUCCUGAAGAGUACAGCCUGGGUGUCUUGUUCUGCCCCUGCACCAACACCUUGUGUGGUGAAAGGAGGAGGAAAACCAUCGUACCUUCCUGCUCCUUCCAGGAGAUGGAGGGUCUGCAACCUAACUGCCUCCACCAGCAGAGCUUCUGCCGCAGAGAUGACCUCUGCAGGUCCAGACUGGCUGAUUUCCUCAACAACUGCCAGCCCUCUCCUCUGACGGCCAGCGGCUGCCUGAAAGACUCAGCAGGCUUGUGCCUCCGAGCUUACGCCGGACUCAUUGGAACCCUCAUGACUCCAAACUACAUCAGUAACGGCUCUGCAGACGUGUCUCUGUGGUGUAACUGUGAAGGCAGCGGGAACCAGUGGCAGGACUGUCUGAGGCUGCAACGCAUGUUCACCCACAACAUCUGCCUGCGUAACUCUAUCAGUUGGAUGGGAAGCCCCGGCUCCCUGCCUGCAGACAUCACCCCCCCUCCGGCUCCCAGACCCUCCCCGCUGGUUCAGGAGGACGAGCUGCUGAGCAACAACCACCUGCCUGAACACAACAACAUUGUGGUGGAGAGUGAGGAAGAGGAGGAGCUGACGCAGAUGGAGGAGGAAGGCAAUGAAGGUGGUCAGUUUGAUGUCAUCCCGCUUUACUCAGAGAGGGCCACCGUCUCCAACCUGGGCUCCUCCGGUACAGGGGGCGCCGCGUCGCUCCCCACCAGCCCUCCUGCACCCGUCCUACUGCUCCUCCUGCUCCUGACCGCCUCCCUCAGCUGGGGUUAAAAACGGAGCAUGAAGAGGAGACACACACACAGACACACAGAUACAUACAUACAUCCACAAACAAUGGACCUGCCAGAGAUCCUGGACUGACGGCUAUGAAAGGAGACAAAGUGAAGAAAAGGACUUCACAUUUAGUCAGUAGCACCCCGUCGAUUCCUCACUUCUUGUCCUUGCUUCCUUUCCUUUCCUCCUUUGCAAAAGACACUUUGUUCAUGGUGGUCUGGCUGCAGCUGAAGUGGUGGUCCUGGGAGCACAAAAGACCAGGUCAAGGUGGAGGUGUUCACAUGCUGCCCAACAACCAAUGAGCAUCAUACUUCUGCUCGUGUCAUAGAUUCAGCUUCUGUUUCUGCACAUUCAAGUUAGCAGGAUUAAGUUUUGUAUUUUAGGAUAUGUUGGUUGGAGAGAGUAUUGUCUUUUAGGAUAUGUUGCAUCCCCGACAUAUUCUACAGAAAGUAAGCUCACUGGUCACGUUACCAUAGCAAAGGUUACCUUGUUGAGAUGAUUUAUGAGCUAUAAGUUUGUAAAAGUGUUAAACAAGCGAUAUAAGCAGCUCAGUCUGACUACACACGAGAUGAUUUUCACAUCUUAACAGAUUUUUAAAACAUGGGAGACAUAAGGACACACUACACGAUUCGACCACACCGUCAGACCACACCCCUUCUUUUUGAUCUCACAGAAACUCGUGUGGUUUGAGACGUUAUAAAGAGACUCUUGUUGUUGCCACAAGCGACUCUUCUUAGAUAUUCCACUUGGCUCGGGGCUCAGUCAUGUUUAUUUUUUUUCGCUGACAUUAUUGCGAGCUGUUAAAUUACCCAACAUCCGCUCUGUGACGCUUCCCCGUCUGCGCUCGCUCUCAUUGGCUCUUGUUUGUAUUCUGUUGGAGUCAAACCUGAUCCAGAAUUCUAAAGAUCAAACAUGUUUGAUCUUUACGAUUCUGGGAGGCUCCAACUCGAUCAGGAGGACUAAAAUAAUGUUAUUGACACCACACACUUAUUUGGACAAAGAAUUGGUCAGUACUAGACUCGACUCUGGCCACACCUCCCCAGAUUGUUGGGGGCGUGUGUGUUGAUGAAUUGUGUCCAAUAAAGGGCCUAAAAUUGUGUAUUUGAGUUUAACGUCAAUUUAAUAAUAUUUUGUUUUUUUCAUCAAUUGUGAAAUGAUUGUAACUGCACUAAAAUAUUGACAAUGAAAAAGAUCAAACGUCAACCUCUUCAAAGCGUUGUUUCUUAGGUUAGUUUGGUUUCACCCAAAAUGAAAACGUACACAACAGACAAACUUCAUACAUUAUUACAUUAUUAUUAUUUGUUGGGGGUCAUGUUUCAAAAUGUGCUGAUUGUGCACUUUGUCAGCUUUGCUUGCAACAAAGUGAGUGAAUGUUUAGCUUGUUUUGCGAACAAAGCAGACCAAACACGAUGGAUUAAAGAUCUGAUGAACUCUGUGUUUGGAUGUGAACACCUCCGCGUACAGACUCCGGCUGCAGUCAGACCUUGUUGUGUUGUUUUACUUUGUUUCACUUAUUGAUGAAGGAUGGUUUUUGUCCCACUGGUGGAGGCUCACCUGUCCGUGGAUCAUCCGAUGACUGAAGGUGUGGAGCGCGCUGAUAUACGAUACAUGCGACAAACUUUAAUCACACUGACGGCUAGAGCGAUCGUCUUCUCCCGGCCGCCAUGCUGAAUGACAAACGACACACUCGUCUCUCAUUGUUUAAUGAACAUCAGGUGCCAAGUGUGUCGUGUGUGUGUGUGUGUGUGUGUGUGUGUGUGUGUGUGUGUGUGUGUGUGUAUUGCUGAGAAAAUUGAGUGAAGCUUUUUGUUUUAAUUUAAACUUGCACUUCAUCGUUUCCCACCCACGUCAGCACACACACACAAACUACACACAAACUGCACACUCACAUACAUUAGCACAUUAGCACACACACACACACACUUCCUGUUGUGCGUCGAGCCGAUGCAGCUCUUUCUUGCUUUAUUGCUUUAUCCCCGUCCCUAUCUCGCUCCCCGGUGACUCAGGGACCGGGACCUGCGCUGCCACAGGCAACCGAUAUGAAUAAAGGCGUCAUAAUAAAAACAACACACCAGAAACAAUAUGAGCUCUAAAACGGCAGAACAAAUCAAAUGGCUCCCCAGCAGGCAAAAAAAAAAAAA